AUGUACAAUGAAAUGGUGGAAAUAUUUUACUCACGAUAGCAUGAAAAGACUCUAACAGAAGAUGAGUAUGGAACAAAAAAUAUAUCCAUAAAUAGGAUUUAAUCUUCUUUGUAGGAACUAAGCACAAAAAAAAUAUAAUUAGAUGCUGAAAUUAAUCCUAAGAUGUAGAAAAGUAUUCAGAUAAUUGAUAGCAAAAAGUAGAUUCAAUCCUAAAAUGAAGAAAACUAGCUUAGUUAUAUUUAAAAUAAUAAUGAAAUAUCUUAUUUGUAAUUUAAGAAUGGAAAUUAUGAUACUGAUAUUCCAAAGUAGAAUUAAAAAUGUUAGUUACAAGACUCUUUGAGUAUGUCUAUGUAAAAUGAUAACAAAAAGUUAGUCUACUUCGACUGCUAUGACCUAAAAAAUAGUUUAUAACACAUUUAAAACAUUAAUAAUAGCACUUCCAAUUUAAAUACUCUAUUAGGCAGUCCAAGUUUUAAAAACAAACCUUAGAGUCACGAAUCAAAUACUCCACAAGGUGCUAAUGAAAUGCAAUAAGAUCAAAAAAAGGUAAUAAGCAAAUAUUUUACCUCUAAUAUUGAUUCAAAAGAAGUAGAAAGGGUAUAAUCUAAUUAACAGAGCGACAAUAAAAUUGAAUAUUAACAGGAUGUUUAAUCUAAAAAGCAAACUGGAAGCUUUAGAAUAGCAUUAUAAAAUAAUAAUAAUAAUUAGAACGGAGGAGGUGCUAUUGAAUCACCUAACAAAAAGUAGAAGUAAAUUUUAUCUUCUGUUCAUCACUUAUCUAGGAAAAAAGAUUCAAGAAAGAUUACAGAAAAUGAAAAAUAAUUGUUACAAAAAAAGUAAAAGAGAAAUAAUUUUAUCCAUAUUAUAAUGAAAAUGAAAAAUUAUGCAUAUAAAAUGGCUUCCAAUAUCGAAUCAAAAAGACUUGCUUUGCUUUAAAGGCAGAAGUUCUAUUAUUUAAGAGAUAAGACAAUUAAUUAUGACAAAUAGGAAAAAGAAAACUACGAAUUUUAUGAUUACAAUUAUUUCUAAAAAAUUAUUCAUUUAUUUUUUAAGCAAGCAAAUUCAAUUAAGCUAAUUAAAACAAUUAGAAAAAAUACUCCCACUAUUCCUUUAUUUCAUCCUUAGUCUAUUAUGAAGUUUAUAUGGGACAUUCUUAACAUGAUCAUUGUAAUUGUAUUCUUCUUUUAUCUUCCUCUAUACUUUAUUUAUGGUAUACCUUUCAGUUCUGCUUUUUAUCUGGAGAAUCUAGAUAUUUUUUUAGCAACUAUUGCUACUUUAGAUGUAUUUGUCAAGUUGAAUACUGUUUAGUACAAAAAAGGAAAUCUACUUCAUUCAAGAACUCUCAUUUUGCUCGAAUAAAUUUCAAAAGAUGGCCUUCUAAAUAUUUCAUUUGUAAUAAUUGUAUGGAUUAAUGUUGCCUAGCAGCGAAAUCAAUUAGAAUUAGUAAAAGAUAACAAAAUUAGUGUGUUGUUUUUUAUGGUAGCCCUUUUCAAAGUUUUUAAGUAAACUACAUUUAAAAAUCGAAUUUAUGAUAGAUUUUAUUUAAGGAAAAUGAAUAGAGGUUUUAUCAGCUUAUUGCAAAUUUUCUUCAAUUUAUUUAUAGUUUCCCAUUUAUUUGCAUGUAUUUGGUUAGUUUUUGGUAAAAUGGACCAAACAGAAGAUUCAAUAUUUUGUGCUUAACAAGGAUCUUCUUAUUAUAAUAUUAAUAAUUGUUCAUAUACUUGGCUUGAUAAAUUGCAAGGAAUAAAAAAUCUCAACUUCUAUGAAUAAUACUUGAGAGCAUACUAUUUUACAACUGUUACUAUGAUUACAGUUGGUUAUGGUGAUAUAAUUCCUGUUAAUAGUAGAGAGUAUUUAUUAUCUGUCUUGACAAUGCUUAUAGCUUGUGGUAUGUUUGGAUACAGUUUAAAUUCUAUUGGAUAAAUUUUAUCAGAAAUGAAUAUCAAUAAUAAAGAAUAUGAUGAACAUUUUAAUGCUAUUUAUGGGUUUAUGCAUAAAAAAAAUGUUUCAAUUGAUUUACAAGUUUAAGUCAGGGAAUAUUUACAGUAUUUUUUUAUUCAAUCAAACCAAGAAGAUAUUUAAAAGUAAUAAAAAGUUAUUGCCUUACUCCCUGAAUCCCUAUAAAAUUAGAUGAUGCUUGAGGCAAACAAAAUUGUAUUCGAAAAAUCUCCUCUCUUUAGGAAAAAUUUUAGCCAAUAGAUUAUUUAAAAGACCAUAAAACUUAUUGAAUAAAAAGAAUUCAAACCUGGUUAAAAGAUUAUAAUGCAAGAAGUAGAAAACGAUUACUGCAUUUAUUUUAUAGAAAAAGGAAGUGUAGAAAUUUAUAACAGCAAUAACAAUGAAAAACUAAAGGUACUUCAUAAAGGAGAUUAUUUUGGAGAAAUUUAAUUCUUUACAGGAAAAUCAAGUUAGUUAUCUGUCAGAAGUGUUGAAUUUACGAAAUUGUUAUCAAUUAAGAGAAGCAACUUCUAUGAGUUGAUCUAAAGCUCACCAAUUGACUUAGAAAAAUUUUGCAUGAUAAAAGAUUCUAUUACUUUUAACAAUAAAUUGGAUUUAGUUGGAGUUGUAUGCUACUGUUGUAAAUCAACCACUCAUUUAGUUACUGAGUGCAAUUUCAUCCAUCUUUGCUCUGAUAAAUUUAAAAUUAUAAAGGAAUAUGCCAAAAAUGAUUUCUAAACAAGAGACAAAGAUAUUUAAAGGAAAAGUUUCUCCUAUAAUUCAUUGUAAGUAAAACAUUAAGUUGAAGAGGGAGCAAAAUAAUUUAUAGAUGAGAAUUUAGAAGAUUUAAGUUGGCAAGGCUGGUUUAACGAUGCGAUGAAAUAAGAAUUUUAAGAAGAUUUAAAUUUAAUAAAAAAUGGAAGAGGAUAGCCUAGUUUAAGAACGAUUGGUAAUUAGCAAAAUUUAAAUAAUAUCUAAAAAAUAAAGAGCUAAUAAAAUAUACAAAAUUAGUUGUAGAAUAUAAAAUUAUAAUACCAAUUCAUUAAAAACACAAACGUAAAUAAUCAAGAUAAUACAAAUAUGAAUAUGAACUCUGAACUGAAUUAUAUAGACAGAUAAGACAGAUAAAGUAUAUAAAUUUAAUAAAAAUCUUAUAAUACGUUAGAUAAACAAAGUCUUCAAGUAUAAUAAAAAUCUAACAAUAACUUUUAGUACACAGUUAAUAAUGACGAUUAUAGUCAAUCUAGCAAUAAUGGUUGCACAUAAUGCAAAAAAGUUUAUUUUUCUAUCAAAUCUUUGUAAGAUAAAAUUGUUGAUGAUGAUUAAGGAGACAAUAAAUCUUAGUUAACCUAAUAGUGCUAACAUUCAUAAUUUGUCACUUAGUAAAAUUAACCAAGUAACAUUUAUAAUAAUUUCAUACAGGGAGAUGGAGGGAAUAUUCUGAAUACUCCAACUAACAGGUAACGCCAACUAUCUAAUAUGUCGGAAAUGUGUCCUUCCCCAUAUUCUGCUAACAAUAAAUUGUAUGUUAAUGUUAAUACUCCAAAUUAUUUCAACACAAAUAAUCUAAACCCAUAAACAUCUCUUGGGUUUUAAUUUUAUAAUCCUUAAAACAGUAACUACAGUAUUCCUGAGUUUGUGAAUCCUAAUUCUAGCUAGGAAUCUAAUCAUCUAACGAAUAAUGAUAAUUACUCAUAAUUUAGUAACAAAAUUAAACUUGAAGAUAAUAAAUUGUAUAACAAAUAAAUCUAUUAACAAAAAUCAUUCAACUAAAAUGAUCAAAAAGAAUAAUAUGCUAACAAAAGUUCUUUAAAAACUGAUAUUUUAAGCAUGAAGAAAUCAUAAAAUCGUUAUUUGAGUAAACAAUUAAGUAGCUAUUUCCAAAAAUAAGCAAAUGAAGCAUUACUAAAAUAAUUAAAAGAAUUAUUCCAGUAACCUUAAAAAUAAAAUACACAAGAUUGUGAUUUUUAGUUUGAAACUCUUAAAAGUUAUUAAUUUUACAUGCCUUAAAAUAAUUACGAAAGAGUUUUGUUGCUAUAUUCUGUACAAAUGAGAAAGCACUAAACAUUUCAAUAUAAAACUAUAAAAAGUCUAUCAAAUAAAAAUAAUGAUAACAAGCCAAAUGAACCUAAUUAAAAAUCUUAACCACCACAUCAAAACGAAGCUCCUAAAAAUAUUUAAUAUUACUAAGACCUAAUAAAAGAAAACUAAUUACAAAAUCAGUCUAAAUAAUAAUUAGAAGAAGAUUCAAAAAGCAAUAAAUCGAAAUGA